AUGCUGAGCAGCACUGAUGGGAUAGAGUUGGUGAAAGGAAGGGAAAAGAUAGCGGAAGUGGACCUGUCCAGUAACAAUAUUGAGUCCUUUGGUCUCGCCAACGGAUUGCAGUGGCGUAAUCUUCUCGUACUCAACUUGGCAUCGUGUAUGUUAUCGAAGCUCUAUAGGAUUGAGUGGCCACCACAGUUGAGGCAUUUCAUCGUCUCCAACAACCGUCUGAAGCGGUUCGAUUGUGCUCUACCGAAGGCGCUUGAGAGUUUAGAGUGUCAGCAUAACCGAUUGGAGACCUUGGAGGAAACCGAAGGGUUGAAGAGACUAAGUCGGUUGAAUGCUUCUCACAAUGCCCUCACGUGGGGGACGGUACGUGAUGCUUUGCGGUCACUGUCGGGCUUGGUCGUAUUGGACUUGGGAUACAACCCCAUCGAUAAAAUAGAGGUAGGCGUCUUCGUGCGAAUCCGCGGACUGCAGGAGCUCACUUUGGAUGGCUGCCGCUUGAAGAGCCUCGGGUUCGUUCCAGAAGGAAACGUUCUGUCGGUCCUCUCUGUGGCUUGUAAUCGUCUAAAGGGUAUCCAAGGCCUCCCAGUAUGUGAGCGCCUCACUGAGCUGUACUUGUCCAGCAAUCGCCUGUCGACCUUGAGGGGGUUGGCGAGAGCGUGCCCGAACGUAGAAGUGCUGCAACUGAUGAACAACAAACUGGAGGAAGGCAGGUCGGUAGCUGAGGAGCUGACCGCUCUGAAGGACCUCGCUGAACUUACGGUUGCUGGCAAUCCAUGCUCACUCCUGCACUCUUGCUCAGCACAAGGCUUGCACCGCUGCUGUCAGCGUCUGUCAGUCUUGGAUGGGGUCAUCUUGGGAAGGAAGGAUACCAAUGAAAGAGAGGUAGCUGGGAUAGUAGCUACAAGGGCGACGGCUACCAACAACCGGAAGCAUCCGUCUCCCCCUGGAAUUAUUGACAAGCUCAAUACUCCGCGAGAGUCCUACACGGGCCUCGAAGGCAAAGAGAAGUCUCAGAUAAGAUUGGAAGACAGUCUGGAGGGGCCGGAACGCUCCAUUGCAGCGAAGGCGACAUCACAGUUACUGGAAAAACUGCAGCCCAGGGGGUUUUGGGACGAAACUAAAUUGAGUACGGAGUGGACCUCCCCGAUGGAGCAUAUGAUUGGGGAUCUCAGUGCGGCAACGGACCGUCUCACUACUGCAGCCAGAAAGGACCUCAGAAAGAUGACAAAGUGGUUGGCUAAGGCGGAGGAAGUGUUGGAAAAGGAGGCUUAUUUGAGAGGCCUCGAGGAGGGCGACGAUGACGAUGUGUCGGUGGGUCUGACAUAA